ACUUGUUUGACUUUAUGAAUUUGAGAUAGUCUCGUUACAAUGGCCAUGAAGCUCGUUUACAUUCUUAUACUUAUUCCUUUGGUUUCGGCCAAGCUAGAAACUUUGAAUAUUACUGAAAGAUUUGCAGAUGCUAAUAUAAAUGCUCUAAUAGAUCAUUCUAUUCCUCAAAUUUCGCAAUAUAUAAUCAAUCAUGGCCUGGACCCUCUCAAGCUCCCGCCAAUUACGAAAAAAUUAUGGAUGAAUCUUCUACAAACGAAGUAUAUCGAACCAUACAAAGCUGACUUGUCUUUGCAUUCUGGAAUAUUGAAACAUUUGUCCAACUUGAAGCGUUAUGGCAACGCUACUAUGCAUUACGAAAAUAAAUUAUUAAAACUGAAUAUUGGUUUCGAAUUUAAAGAAUUAGAGGUAUUAUACGAUUUCGCUGUAAAAAUUUUUUUUUUCAAUUCUGAGGGCCUCAUUUUAGCUUCAACAGAAAACGUACGCACUAAAUUUUACGUCACAUUCAACACAUCGAAUAAAUCUUUAUCUCUCAACGAAUUCGACUUACAACUUCCAAGUAGCAUUAAAGUCACAAUCAAAAAUAAGAAAGGAGAAGUGGAGCAUAUAAAAACAUUAAUCGUAAAAAUCAUAAUUCCUUUCUUUAAGAACACCCUUGUGAAUAUUAUUCAGAAGGAAGGAGCGAAAGCAAUUCAAGCAUACCUCGAAAACAUAGGCAAAUUUUUCGAAAAAUUGGAAACACAUGCAAUAAACAAUUUGAAAAUGGAAAGAGAUUCUUGA